AUGAUCAGUUCAGUUUGCGUGUCCUCUUUCCGUGGGAGAAAGUCAGGGAACAAACCUUCUUCCAAGUCAUGUUUGAAAGGAGAUAUGGGCAGGAACGAGGAGAGCGACAAGAUUGUCAUCAAUGUUGGAGGCAUCAGGCAUGAGACCUACAGGAGCACCCUGAAGACUUUACCUGGGACUAGGCUCUCCUGGCUGACGGAGCCGGAUGCUUUUAGCAACUUUGAUUACGACCCGAAGACGGACGAGUUCUUUUUUGACCGCCACCCCUCGGUCUUCGCCUAUGUUUUGAACUAUUACAGGACGGGCAAGCUUCACUGUCCGGCGGAUGUGUGCGGACCUCUGUUUGAGGAAGAGUUAGCCUUUUGGGGCAUCGACGAGACGGAUGUGGAGGCAUGCUGUUGGAUGAAUUACAGGCAGCACAGGGACGCCGAGGAGGCGCUGGACAGCUUCGAGACGCCGGAAGCGGACGACGAGGAGGACGGUGAUCUCAAGAGGCUGUGUCUUCAGGAGGACUCGAACAGGAAACUGGGCUGGUGGAAGAGACUCCAGCCUAAAGUCUGGGCCCUGUUCGAGGAUCCCUAUUCGUCCAAAGCUGCCCGGUAUGUGGCGUUUGCAUCACUAUUCUUCAUCUUGAUAUCCAUCACCACUUUUUGCCUUGAGACCCAUGAAGCAUUCAACCACCUGGUCAACAGGACCGAGAAUGUCACCUUGGGGAACGUUACCAAUGUGGUGGAGGAUGUGGAGAUUGAGACUGAGGCCUUCCUCACCUACGUGGAGGGGAUGUGCGUCAUCUGGUUCACCUUUGAGUUCCUGAUGCGCAUCAUGUUCUGUCCGGACAAGAAAGAGUUCAUCAAGAACACCCUCAACAUCAUUGACUUUGUGGCCAUCCUCCCUUUUUACCUGGAGGUUGGUCUGAGCGGACUCUCAUCCAAGGCCGCGAAGGACGUCCUGGGCUUCCUGCGUGUUGUGCGUUUUGUCCGAAUCCUCCGCAUCUUCAAGCUCACCCGCCAUUUCAUCGGGCUGAGGGUUCUGGGCCACACGCUGAGGGCGAGUACAAACGAGUUCCUCCUGCUGAUCAUCUUCUUGGCCCUUGGGGUCCUGAUCUUUGCCACCAUGAUCUACUACGCAGAGAGGAUAGGGGCUGACCCUGAAGACAUAACUGGCAGCAAGCACACCAGCUUCAAAAACAUCCCCAUUGGUUUCUGGUGGGCAGUGGUCACCAUGACAACUCUGGGCUAUGGGGAUAUGUAUCCUGAGACCUGGUCUGGGAUGUUGGUGGGAGCUCUCUGUGCUUUGGCUGGGGUGUUGACCAUCGCCAUGCCUGUACCUGUUAUUGUCAAUAACUUUGGCAUGUACUAUUCCUUGGCAAUGGCCAAGCAGAAACUACCAAAGAAGAAGAACAAGCACAUCCCUCGAGCUCCCCAGCCGGGUUCUCCCAACUACUGCAAGCCUGACAUCAAGUCCCCCCAGAGGAGUGCCCAGGGUGAUUCCUGCCCACUAGCUCAGGAGGAGAUCAUCGAAAUAAACAGAGCAGAUCCCAAGCAAAAUGGGGAUGCUGCCAAUGCUGCUUUGGCCAAUGAGGAUUGUCCAACCAUCGACCAGGCCCUGUCACCAGAAGAGAACCAGCCAGUCACGCCCGGAGGGAGGGAGAAGUACGCCCGGGACAGAGCCUGCUUCCUGCUGACCACCGGAGACUUUGAGCACUCCCCCGAUGGAAGUAUUCGCAAAGCCUCUGGUUAUGAGAGGCCUCAGGGUUAUGAAAAGUCGAGGAGCCUAAACAACAUUUCUGGCAUGAGUGGGAAUGCGCUCCGAUUGUCUCCUGUCACUUCGCCAUUCAGCUCGCCAUGUCCACUAAGGCGACCUCAAUCACCCAUUCCAUCCAUUCUGUAG